AUGUCCGACGCGAAUGCUGUCAGAGAGACUGCCGCACGUGCAUCCGCAUACGAAUACGCUCAGCAGAUGUUUCCGCUUGCAUAUGGCCACGCACUUUGGAUGCCCUUCUUUGAAGGCGGUGAAGACGGCCAGUCCACACAGAUCGGCACGAUCGCGGCACUCGGUAUGGAGGGAUUGAGAGUGCUGGAUUCGAGCUACUACGCGCCACCAGAGUGCGGCGACAGUUUACAGAUUACUCGCGAAGAGAUUUCGGAUCAACAGGUGCUUUGGGGUGCAACUAUCGCGGGCGAUAGGGAAGCCAAUUGUGUGAGCUGCGGAGUCUGCCAGUACGAUUUCACGCUGUUGAGCAACACCGGCGGUUUUCUGGUGACGUCAUAUGCGUUGCACGAAUUCGUUCAGCCCGCUGCCAGGUCGUCCAUGUUACCCUGCGCAGUGGAGCGUCUAUUCAGGUAUCGUGAAACUAGAGAGUCCGUUGCCGAUGCCGGGGACGAUUUGAUUUUUAUCACGGGUACCGUGAAGGCUUCCAGAUAUCGAGCCGCACACAUCGUGGCGCGCACCCCAGGUGUGCAAUUGCAUGCGACCUUGACGGUGGCGUUGAGCGACUUUCACGAGUACGAGUGCGAGUACACGGAGAACCAACACAAUACCCAGCAAGAAGGUGGCGCAAGUCCCACACGCGACCGCGAAGAUUACGAAGACGAACGCGCAGACGGUCGGCGCGGCGAAGAACCCGAGCAUGUAACUGCAAGCCGGCAAGACGAACUUGGGGCAGAGACUCCCGUCAUCGAGCGUCGCAGUCAUUACAACGCAUUUCCGACGUCGGAGUCAAGCUCAGUUUCUGCCCCUCAUGAGACCCUCUUCAUCCAUUACUUCAAGAUGAAGACCAGGCGAUCAUGUAGUGCCAAAGGCUCUCCCGCGCAACAUCAUGAUCCUCCCCACAUUCCGCUUCCAUCCGCGCCACUCGAGGACUGCGCCGACGAUGCACGUCUUCAGGUCCAGAAUUUGAUGUCGAGUGCAGAAGAGGCUACUGUGGCGGUCGCCUCGGAUACGGACGUCCUUGCACUAUUCUGGCCGAAAAGGGUACCAGCAGACCUUCCGCAUGACCUGACAAGCAUGCUCGAGCGCCGUCGUCCGUGCAUCGUCGUGGAGGACAUUGCGGGUCACAAAGGUGCACAUCUCCGCUGGGGUCUCGUUAUGAUUGCGUUUAGCUGA